CUUUCAUUAUUGAGGUUCCUCAGUGCUGAACUAACAAGAGGGUACUUCCUGGAACACAAUGAGGCCAAGUACACAGAACGAAGAGAAAGAGUAUACACUUGCAUGCGAAUACCAAGAGAACUGGAAAAGCUCAUGUUUUUUGGAAUCUUCCUGUGCCUGGAUGCAUUUCUGUAUGUGUUCACCCUGCUCCCUUUAAGAGUAUGCCUGGCGCUAUUCAGGCUCCUCACUUUGCCUUGCUAUGGCUUAAGGGAUAGGCGUGUGCUUCAACCUGCCCAGGUGUGUGACAUUUUGAAGGGUGUCCUUUUGGUGAUCUGCUAUUUCAUGAUGCACUAUGUUGACUACUCCAUGAUGUACCACCUGAUACGAGGUCAGUCUGUCAUCAAGCUCUACAUUAUCUACAACAUGCUGGAGGUAGCUGAUCGUCUGUUUUCAUCAUUUGGACAAGAUAUAUUAGAUGCUCUCUACUGGACAGCAACAGAGCCUAAAGAAAGAAAAAGAGCCCAUAUCGGAGUGAUCCCUCACUUUUUCAUGGCUGUUCUCUAUGUCUUUUUACAUGCAAUUCUCAUAAUGGUUCAAGCAACAACUCUCAAUGUAGCUUUUAACUCCCACAACAAGUCACUGCUUACUAUUAUGAUGUCUAAUAAUUUUGUUGAAAUUAAAGGAAGUGUUUUCAAGAAGUUUGAAAAGAACAAUCUCUUUCAAAUGUCAAAUAGCGAUAUUAAGGAGCGUUUUACCAAUUAUGUGCUUUUGCUAAUAGUGUGUUUAAGAAACAUGGAGCAGUUUUCUUGGAAUCCAGAUCAUCUGUGGGUGUUAUUUCCAGAUGUCUGUAUGGUGAUUGCAUCUGAAAUUGCUGUGGAUAUUGUAAAGCAUGCCUUUAUCACCAAGUUCAAUGACAUUACUGCAGAUGUCUACAGUGAAUACAGAGCCAGCCUUGCUUUUGACCUUGUUAGCAGCCGCCAGAAAAAUGCAUACACUGAUUACAGCGACUCGGUGGCCCGCAGGAUGGGGUUUAUUCCUCUCCCACUAGCUGUUUUACUCAUCCGAGUUGUAACCAGCUCAAUUAAAGUACAAGGAAUCCUGUCUUAUGCCUGUGUCAUACUCUUCUAUUUUGGGUUGAUAUCACUGAAAAUACUUAAUAGCAUUGUGCUGUUGGGGAAAUCGUGCCAAUAUGUGAAGGAAGCCAAAAUGGAAGAAAAGCUGUUCACCCCUCCCCCAGCCAGCACUCCGGGCAAGCCAGCCAGUAAAUCACAAGGCAAAUGUAAAUCCUCACAAGGCCUUUCCACAGAAGAAAGCCUGCCUGCUUCUGUCACCAGCCAGCCCCCUCAUCAAAAGGAAAAUGUCAUACCAUUACUUGUGACCAGCAAUUCUGAUCAGUUUCUGACAACCCCAGAUGGUGAUGAGAAGGACAUAACACAGGAAAAUUCAGAGUUAAAACACAGAUCCUCAAAGAAAGAUUUGCUAGAGAUAGACAGGUUCACAAUUUGUGGAAACCGAAUUGACUGAAUCCUGUGGUUUGUGUGUGGAAGAAGCCGAGCCCCGGAGCAGCAGGAGCUGGUGCUGCCGGUACAGACGGGUGCUACGUGGCACUUAAAUAUUUAUUUAAAAACUUAAAUUAUUCAUGGCAAGCGAAUCUCCGGAUCUUCCUUCCAACACGUUGUGGUCUGGCUGAAGGUCAGCUCACAGGACAGCAGCGUCCUCCGGCCUUGGCUCCGGGCCACUCCAUGGAGCACUUCCUCCUGCAAGGCCCGGCGGCUACAGCAGCACUUCCGGGACCCUGCAAAGCAGGGUCAAGUCCUUUGGCUUUGCCAGCUUCCAGAAUGUUGGAUUCUGCCUCAGAGCCUCAGCAGUGUAAGGACAUACCUGGGAAACUGUGAAGCUUUUACCGUGAAAUACCUUUCCAGUCUCAUGCUAUUUUCACAAAGUUUUCAGACGUCAUCUGCCAAAGCAUUACAAAGUUCUUAAAAAUAAGUCAAGAUAAAUGUUCUUACCACCAGAGUAAUCCUUGAAGAUACAUCUGAAUUAAUCAGAAUAAAGACUGCCUUCAAUAAGACUGAAUAAAUUGUAAUGUUUUAUAGAAUACAAAAAAAAUCCCAGCAUCAAUUCAUUUAUUUAAAAGAAAAAAAAUCAGUUCAUGAAGGUAUGCAUCACUGAGAAAAUGUUUAGUCAUUUUUCAGUUUACUCUAAAGCAAAAUGUGAUCUGUGUGUUAUUUAAUUGCAGUGGAUAAAAUAGAAACUUCCGUAGAAAAAGGCACCUUUUUUUUUUUAAACUGAAAAUGCAGAGCAGUGUUAACGUAAGUAUAGUUAACUAGUUUCGCUUCAAAAUGAAUCGCCUCAUCAGUUGCUACCACUAGAAAGAUUUGGUGUUAAAUGGCUGAAAAUUUGUAAGUCCACAAAAUUCAAAACUGGAUUUUUUUAAGUGACAGUUUUGGCGUCAGUAUUCCAAAUGAAUCUCGCGCGCACCUCUCCAGCGCUGCUACAAGGGCAAGCCAGCCACCCCCUGUCUGGACCAGGUGCGGUACACCUGCGCCCAGGCAGAGGCUGUGUUGUGGGGGAGGGGUGACGGUGGGCAUGCUCGUGCUAUGCCGGAGGGGCGUCAGAGGCAGGGUGAGGGAGAGCUUGGGACGGAUGGAGGUUUGCUGGGGCAGAGGAGGCAUGUGAAGGUGGAUAUUGGGAACCGCAACCAAAAAGUACUUUUCAGUUUUGUUUGAGAUGAAGUUUGCAUUUCUGCUGUCUUACCAGUUGGCAAUCUGCAUCAUACCCGCUGUGUUUUGAGACUCCUUUCUGCCUUUCUAUACAGAUUUGACUACUGCUGAUUGCAGAACUGUCUAGAAGAUGGUACUAUUAACUUUACUUUGUUCAAUGUUUCAAUUUUGAAAUUUAACUCUCAUGCAAAUGUUUCAGGCAUAUUUACACAGAAGGCGAAUUUUAAGUCACUUGUCUAUACCUUGGAUAAAAUGCAAAGCAAGCCUAAAUGCUUUGGCUUGUUCAUUUGGAACAUAAAAGUGAAUUUUAAUGUUUUGCACUAACUAAAGAAAUCUGAAGAUUGAUGUUGAAAUAUUGUACAGACAUGCCUUGUGAAGCCAGAAAGUAUUUUUAAGUUAAAAAAAAAAAAAAAGAACAUGGUUUUUGGGCUGUGUGUGUCCCAGGAGGGCCCCAUUUGAAGCUAUUCUUUUUUCUAUCUCCUUUUCACCAACUAAAGGGACAAUGUUUUGGUGAACAGGAGCAGUCUGAACGUGCUCUGACCAGAGCAGGAGCAGGGUUUGGGUUUCCCUUAGUCCCGCUUGAAUUCUCUGUCACUGUGCCGUUGUUUUUAUUUCUUCUGAAGAUGCUGUUGGGUGUUUGGGAGGAUAUGCAUUUCUUCUGUCAUAAUGGCAUUCAGUACUAAUUUUAUAAGUGCAUCUUGUGUGAAACUCAAUAAAUUCAAUUUUGUAAUCUUUUUUUUAAAAA